AAAAAAGAAAUUAAAUUAAAUGCAUAGUCCGAAGGGAGUAUUUGUAUUUUGUAAUUUGUAGAGAAGUUCCAAAGUGGGUGGAGAAUCACACGGCCAUUCACCACAUUCCAAAACUCUCCCUCCACCUUCCCGCCUCGUCUCUCUUUCGCCUCCGUCUCCGCCGCCACAAAUUUCACCAUUUUCUGAUCUCUGCCGCCGGCCAACAUGCCUACUUUCACGACCAUCGCCCUAGAGAAUCUUAUCGAGCCUCGCGAUCGAGAUACCUACAAAUCGCCAUUCGGUUUCCAGAAAUUCGCCACCAAACCGCAGGCGCGUUAUACCAAUAAGAGCACCGGUAACGGUGGCGCGUAUAAUGGUGCUCGGAGGGAGGAAGUGGUUGAUUCCAAGCCUCAUUCUGCCAAUCAUGUUUACAUUUCUCCGGCUCUGUAUAUAACUCCGGUAUCAGCUCCGAUCCCCGAGCUUUCCUCCGCACCGCUCUCACCGUCUCCGUAUGUCGUUAACCACAAGCGGCGUGGAGGAGAACGUCGCGUGAACGGGAAAAUCGAUGGAUUUCAGGUUCCGGAAGUGCAGAAAUGUGGUGAGGAGGAGAAGGCUGGGAUUGAAUUGAAUUAUCAUGGUGAAAAUGAACAGGAGAAGGAGGAGGACUUGGUGAAGGAUAAAAUUGGCGGGCAUACGGAGGUGGCCGGAGAUGGAAUCGAGGAAUUCGAGGGCGCAGGUGAGGAGUAUUUUGAUCCUGAGUUUGAUACGUCGAGUGUCGUAAGUGCUCAUGAGGUAAGAGGAUUUGGUUUCCCCAGGAAUAUGUCUGAAUUUUUCGAUGCAGAUGAAGAGUGGGUCACUGAAGAGCCUGCUUCAAAUGUAUUGCUCCAUGAUACUACUACUGCAUCAAAACUUCACUCCUUAACGCACGAGCUCCUUGAAGAAACAAAAAAGCGAAAGGCUGCGGAAGAUGCUCUAAUUGUGAUGCGUAGCCAGUGGCUUAAAAUCCGUGACAUUUUAUCCCAGGAAGGCUUAACAUUUCCUUUACCAUCAGAUGUCGUUUCUGGUAUGGAGCUUGAGCAUGGCUCAAUUGAGCAGCUUACUCAGGAAUUAGCUGUUACUAGAUUUGUUGCUAAGGCAAUAGGAAAAGGUCAAGCAAGUGCUGAAGCUGAACUUACUUCGGAGGCAAUCCUUGAAACGAAAAACCAGGAGAUCUCUCGUCUGAAGGACAGAUUACAAUAUUAUGAGGCAGUUAAUCAUGAGAUGUCUCUUAGGAACCAGGAAAUCAUUGAUGCUGCACGGAAACAACGCCAGCGGAAGAGGACUCAACAGAAGUGGUUAUGGAGUUUCAUUGGACUUUCUGCUGCCAUUGGAGUUUCUAUGGCAGCCUACACAUACCUGCCACAAGCAAGUACUCACCAACCACCAUCAAGUGAUACUGAAUCAAGCUCCUCAUAACCUGUUGGUUGAUAUACUCAGCCAAGUUGCCGACUCUUGGUUCUCAAGAAGCCAAGAGGCUCACAACCGGAGUAGUUUGCGUACAUAACAUUGCAUUAUCGAGGCAAUAUGGCAGUUUUUUGGUCUGUUAAUAAUGAUUGGCUAUUGGCCACCCUUAACUUUUCAUUCAAUUUGUUGAUAAUACAUUAUCUAAUGCACUUCUGCUAACCUGACAGUUUAUUGUCAAGUUUGUAAUCAAUUUUCUGGCAUUGGAAGUUCUUGAAUAAAACAUGUGUUAGGUACUUCUUCUAA